AUGAAAGAAUUUAUUAAUAAACUUGAAAAAUUUAAACUUCAACUGAAAUCUAUUCAUGAAUAUGAUUUAGAAAUAAGAAUUCUUAAAAAACUUGAUAUUCGAAAAUGUUUAUCCAUUCAAUCAAUGUCUGAAGCAAAGAUGUAUCGUUUAAUGUUAAAUCAUGAUUGGGCUAAACAUAGGCAAAAUGCACUUGAACAAUUAGAAAUUAAAAGUAAAGAACUUUAUGAACAAAUUUUACAAGUCGAUACUAAAAUGAUACAAUUUGUUCGUUGUGAACCUCUUUACAGUCUACCAAAUCAAAAUUAUGAUGCAUCAGAUGAUGAUUAUUUUGAUACAACUAAUUAUUUUACCAAAAAGUUUCGGCUACAAUAUGAAGUUAAAGCACUAGCUAAAUAUAAUGGUUUAUUUUUAAAAAAAAUGUUUCUUUACUUCUAUUUAAACGAUAAUUUGUAUUCUUAA